AAAGAGGGAGAGAGGGAGGUAAGAAGAGCGAGCGAGCGAGCGAGAGGGAGAUAGAACAAGAGAGCAGGCGUUCACCAAUGGCAAAAGGAGAGCGAGCAUUUUUCCAACUGUAGACCUGAAGCGCCGGCAUAACGAACUCGCGACUCAACAGAAUGACAACAAAGCGGCAAUAGGGUGGAUGAUCCCGUCGCGCACCUUGGAUGACAGGGUCAAUAAUUUGAAGUCCUGCUGGGUCUGUUGGAGCCUGGAAGAAACUUUAGUCAGUUAGUUCAGGCAUCAUGGUUCUCUCGUUCAAAAGCUGGGUCGCCAACGAGGGUGGAAAGCACUUUGUCCUGAUACUCUGGUUAGGAGCCAACACCUGGCUUUUUCUAAGAACCUUCCUCACAUACUCCACAGGACAGCAAUAUUACUACCUCUACAAGAUGCUGGGGCUGGGGCUGUGCAUCAGUCGGGCAUCUGCAUCCGUGUUGAACCUCAACUGCAGCCUGGUGCUGCUGCCCAUGUGCCGCUCGCUCCUAACCUGUCUGCGAGGAACCCACACGUUAUCAAGCAGAGGGACCCGCAGACUGCUCGACAAGAGCAAGACCUUUCAUGUGGCCUGUGGAAUCGCCAUCUGCAUCUUCUCCGUUGUUCAUGUUUCUGCUCACCUGGUCAAUGUAGUUAACUUCAGUGCCUUCUAUUCUGAGGAUCUACCUGCUCUCAAUUUGGCCCGUUACCUCGGAGAGGAUCCUAGGAUGAUCAUUUUGACGACAGUCCCAGGGAUCACGGGCGUCCUAUUGGUUGUCAUCCUCUUCCUGAUGUUCACUGCCUCCUCCUACUGCAUACGGUUGUCCAACUAUGAGAUCUUCUGGUACACACACAACCUCUUCAUCGUCUUCUACAUCAUUCUCAUGGUCCACAUGGUCGGGGGAGCGCUGAAGUACCAGACAAAUGUAGACACCCACCCACCGGGCUGUCUCAGGCCCAAUCAGAGCAGCCCAGAGCUGCAAGGGGAGGAGCUAGAGCCUGGCAAUGAAGAGAGGAGGUGCAAAGAAGAGGCCCGUUUCCACCCCCAUUACCCCCAGACAUGGAUGUGGGUGUCGGGCCCUCUCUGCCUGUACUGCGCUGAGCGGUUCUACCGCUACAUCCGGAGCAGUGACCCCGUUACCAUAGUGACGGUGAUCAGGCACCCCUCGGAGGUCAUCGAGGUGCGCAUGCUGAAGGGGGACUUCAAGGCGCACCCAGGCCAGUACAUUGUUCUGAACUGUCCGGGGGUCUCAUCCUUUGAAAACCACCCAUUCACGCUCACUACGUGUCCCACAGAGGAGAAGGAAACCUUUGGCGUCCAUAUGCGAGUUGUUGGAGACUGGACUGAAAGGUUCACAGAGCUGUUGCUUCCUAAAACAGGGGUGGAGCUAGAAAUACUACCCAUGGUGCAACAGAGGAGAUACCCCAAGCUGUAUGUGGAUGGUCCAUUCGGCAGUUCGUCACAGGAGGUGUUUAACUACGAGGUCAGUCUUUGUGUGGCAGGCGGAAUAGGAGUCACACCAUUCGCUUGCGUUCUGCACGCUCUUCUUGAUGGCUGGAAGCAGUUCAGACUGAGGAGGCUGUAUUUUGUGUGGGUCUGCAGGGAGCUGCAGUCCUUCUACUGGUUCUCAGAGCUCCUGUGUGCCCUGCACCACAAGCUCUGGCAGGAAAACCGACCAGACUACUUGAAUCUGAAGCUGUUUGUCAGUCAGACAGAAGAUCUCCAGAGCAUGUCUGAGGAGAAGUACCGCCCCCUCAGUUCAAGGCUCUCGAUUGGUCGACCUCGGUGGAAGCUGCUCUUCGAUGAAAUCAGCAACGCCAAUAGGCAAAAGCACGUGGGCGUGUUUUGCUGUGGACCAAAGGGCAUCUCGAGGACUCUCCACAAGCUGUGCAAUUCCGGCCGCUACACUGGAGUCACUUUUGAAUUCAACAAGGAGUCUUUCAGCUGAGACUGUUGUUACAUCAUCUACCAGAGAAUACCAGAGACACCAGCUACCAUCGGUCACUGGUUACAUCCCCUACCAUCCGCUAUUGAUUGAACACUUCCCGGGCAUGAAUACGGUACCGGGCUUGAACACAACGUAGUACCUGGACAGCGUAUUAUGCGGUUUCUGUUUCAAAUAUUAUACAUGAGAAGGACCAUUAUUUAAUAUGCCGUGGUCCAACCCUUCUCUAACAUUCUGGCCUGACUAUUCUAUGGAAGCCUCUGUUCUAGUCUUCAGCCCAGAGCAGCAGCGAGCUGCUCUGAAAUAUCUGCAUAGUAAAUAGUUUGACCUAUGAUCCCCCCUUCACUGUAGGCCCUGGCUUUUCUCAGUCAGAGAGAGCCGCAUCCAAUCCACCCUCAAACCCUAUUGGAUCUAUAUAAAAACUAAUAGUCAACGACAGUUCAUAUAAUAGGGAAAUAUUCUCCAUGCAGACAACAAACUUAUGUAAUAAGGUGGUAAUUCAGUACCAAGGACAGAGACCUGGGAUGUUGGGAGAAAGCUCAUUCAAUGCAAGUCCACUUAUUUCUUGAAUGGCAUUAUUUGUAUGCAAUGUUCAUCUCCACCGUAUAUAUUGUCAUUUUCAUCACACCCAAAAUAUAUUUGAUUGAUCGUUGAGACCAUCAUUUACUUGUUUUUCUAUUUGGUGAUUGGUUUUAUCCAGUGAUAGCCGAUCUGCUCUGUUUGUUCCUCUAUACCAAAAAAAGUGUUUAUUUGAAUGUACAAGUAAAAAAAAAACAAUACAAGCCAGUAUUCCUAGGUA